GAAUUUUGACAUUUAACGUUUAUUUUGAAAUGCUCCAUUUUUUUUCUCCAAAGAUUUCUUGAUUUUAUGAAAGAAAAGCCAGAAAAAUGAACAUAAAUAGUGAACAAUUGCGUAAAAAGAUCCAAGAAUUGUUUCCGGAUCGACACUAUAACCUAACAAAUGAAACUCUCGAGGAACUUUGCAGUGAUCCGAGUUCAAAAGAUUUCUUAAAGUGGUUCUGCUCCGAAGUUUCAAAAGACAAUGUUUUAACUGAAGAGGAGAUCAAAAUAGCUGAACACAUAAAAAAAUCCGGAAAAUGGCUUGAAGGCGAGCAAUUGGAAGCAGCUCUCGUAGAAGCGACGAAAGAAAAUCCGGACCUUUUGCAAAUUCUCGAAUCUGAUGUCUCCGAAGAAUAUUUAGCUGCUGAGCUUGCACUUGUGAAACUUGCUCACAAAUCCGAUGAAGACUAUCUCCACACUCUCGAAAAAGGAAUAAAAAAUAUGAAAAAAGUCGAAAACGGAUUAGAUGAGGAAUUGGAGAAAGAGCGAGACGUCUUAGAAAAAUCGAAGAUAGAAGAGAAACUCGCAUAUGAAGAAUGUCUCGAAAUCAUGGAAAAAUACGACUCUAUUCAGCGCAAACUUUCUGAACAUGUUGAGCAACUUGUCACUAUUUAUUCUGACGCUUCUCAAAAGAAAACAGCGCCUUGCAUUUGGACCCAACUUCCGUUGGAUUUAUUCAUUAAGCAUAUGGAAACAUACUACGAAUAUUUGAAGAUUUACAUUAAAAAAGAAUUCGGAACUUCGACUGAUGAGCCUAUUGAAGGCGAAAAUUCUGCUUCGACAAUCUCCACCGAUCCCGAUUUGAAUUUGGAUAAUACUAAUGAAAAACAAAACCAGGAGAAAAAAAUUCUCGAGUUGAGAAGCAUCCACCAAAGGCUCAGCAAAGCAAAGUUUACCGAAGUGGCUCAAAAAGCUCGAAAGGAAGCGACACAAGCUAUGGUCAACCAUGCACAAAAAAUUUACAAUGGAGGUGAAGUCCAAAUUCCAAAAACGCCUGCGCUUAUGAGAGCCGAGAUAGUGGAGCUCAAAGCGAAGAGGGACAAUUUAGAAAAACAGGUUUCAAUUUUAAAGGAACAUCAAGUCCCCGAGGCGGUGCAAAAAUACUCGAAUUCGAUAAUAAACAAAGUCCUUGUCGAAAACGCAAAAGCCACUCAACAAAGAAGGGAAGAUUCCAUUCAAAAACUAAGAAAUCUUCUCUCUCUCGCUAGAAAUCAUGGAUAUCUUCAUUCUGAUUUGCUCUACAUUUUAAUUGAACUCGAGAAUCAAAAACUUUCAGAAGUUAUCGAGUUCGUGUCGGACGUUCGAAAUCAUCUCGCUAUGGAAUAUUUUUCAUCCUCCAAACGUUGUGAUUGGAUGCAAAAAGCACAAGAAGCUAUUUCCUCUACAAGAAACCAAAACGUCUUCAAUAAAUAUUUCACUUCGAUGAUGGGGAUUCAGGAAGGUCCAAAUUCUAUGGAAAUUGCCAUGGAAAAAUUUAGUCAAUUAUUAAACGAGACUGAAAGUAUGAAGGAAACUAUUUCAGAAUCAAUGAAAAUGAAUGCCGAUCACUUGCGAAUAUUGGAUCGUGAACUUUUAGCAAAAUAUAAUCGACAAAUCCAAUAUUCCGGAGAUUCGUCCCUUAAUUUGGAUUUCCAUAUUGAUAAAACAGAAAAAAAUGUGCGGAAUUUACAAGCUGAGGUUCUGAUAAUCAGAAAUAAAUUAAAGGAAAUGAUGGAAAAGACGGGAAGUUUGGAGAGAGAAAAGGUCAUUCUCUGGCAGAAAUUCAUCGCAGAUCCGCAAUCGAUGAUAAGAAAAUACGACGAGCUAAUGGCGAUGGCGAGUCAAAAUCGUCUCGAAGGUUAGAAAACAAGUUUUAAAAAAAGACUUUAAUCAGUAUUAUUGGCAAUAUGCGAUUUGAGCAAGUUUUGUACACACAAAAAAAAAUAAUAAUAAAGAUUA